AUGCAGGCCGUCUGGGGCACCGACACCCCGGAGAUUGACGAGACGGUGGCCCCCAAGCGGCAGCGACUGUUUAUUGCGCGGCAGGCAUGCGAGAUUUGCCGGCAAAAGAAGACACGCUGCGAUGGCGGGCACCCGUGUGGGCUGUGUCGGACGGGCGGGCUCGAGUGCAAAUAUGCCGAGCGCAAGGCCACCAAGAACGAGGUGUCGCUGGGCAUGAUCUUCAAUACGCUGCAGCGGAUUGAGGCCAAAAUUGAAGAGGGCCAGCAGCGGAGCAGCAGCACUGAAGCCGACGACGACGAGAGAGCGAGACAAGGUGACGGAGAGGACGGAGAUGAAGAGACCAACACAACACACGAGCAACAGCGACGACUGAAACGCGGCCGCAAAAGAUCGAGCGUAGGACAGGCACCACGGCCGCACGUGCAGACUUCCGUUGUACAGCCGCCAACCCCGGCGGCCCAUGUGGCCCUGCCGUCCCCGUCGACCCAGCCACCGGCCGUCAACCUGGCCUCGCCGUCGGCCGGCAGCACACAAAGCCGCGACGGCAUCCACGCCCUAUUGUCGGCGGCCAGCCCAUCGUCUUACCCCUAUCCCCAGCCUCCACCUCCCCGACGGCCACGACACGUGCCCGUGAUCCAAUACCCGAUCCGGCAGCUGGCCAACUGGCCGGCCAUACGGGAUCUGCUGCACAAAAGCGGCAUUACGAGCGACAGCAACCGGAGCAGGAGACGCAGCAGCCACAACAAUGGCUUUUGGACGAGCGACAGCCACGACAGCCACGACAGCGCCUACGUCUACGACGCGGCGGCCGCCACCGUCCUCGAGCAGCGACGACCACCCCUGCCCUUUCCUCCAUUGCUGCUGUCCAGCCACAGCCACAACAGCAGCGGCAGCGGCGACAACUGGCUGGCGCAGCUCAAUGUGGCCGUCGUCAAGGACCUGGGCGACAAAUACUUUACCACGUUCAACCUGGGCAACCCAGUCCUGGACCGACGGCUCUUCCACCAGCACAGCCUCGGCGUGGCCAUUGGCACGGGCUUUGGCGUCAACAUGGAGAGCUGCAUUGUGCUGGUGACGAUGGCGCUCGGCGUGUUGGGGCGAAAGGCGCAGCGCGACGCCGGCAUUGUCGACGCCCAUGGCAUGGCCAAUGCCAUGGCCACCUCCCCGUACGAUCCGCCCCACCGCAUCAGCAGCACGACCGCCGCGGACGGGCCAGACGACGGCGACGCGUGGGACGACGGCCUAGUCUUCUUCAACGAGGCCCGCAAGCGCAUUGGGAUGCUGGGCUGCGACAGCAGUCUGCAGGCCUGCCAGUACCACCUGCUGUGCGGUCUCUUCUACGCGCAGCGGAUUCGGCCGCUCGACUGGUGGGCCCACGUGAGCCGCGCGGCCGCGUGCUGCACGAGCUUCUGGGCGUGUGCCCCCAAGGAUUGCGACGAGUGGACAAUGGACAUGCAGGCGCGGCUGUUUUGGAUCACGGCCAUGUUCGAGGCGGUCCUCACCCAGGAGCUGGACGUGCCGGUCUCGAACCUGCUCAACUACGAAGACCGCGUGCCGCUGCCCAAGUUUGUCGAGUUCCCGGGCGUGUCCUCCUUUGCGUCGUUCGGGUCCGGUAUGGGAAUGGGGAUAGGGAUGGGCCCACACGGCCUCGGUGGCGCAUCCAACGGCCAGCACGCGUCCCAGGAAGAGGAGCAGGAUGCGUUCUGCCACUACCAUUUUCUCUCGCAGAUUGCGCACCGCAUCAUCCUGACCCGUCUGUGCGACAGCCUGUUUGCCAACCGCGGCAAGGCCCUGGCGUCGGGCCAGACCAUUGAGGCCGCCUCGCAGGCCACCACGAUGGCGCGGUCCGACUACCCGCCGCAGGCACUCGAGGACGAGCUCACGCACCAGCUCGAGCAGUGGCGCGCGCAGCUGCCCAACUACCUGCAGUGGGACGACGACAACAAGCACCGCUAUGCCGACCCGGCCGCCCCGUUCGAGGGCCCGCGCACGCCCGCCAACGUCUUUGUGGUCCCCUGGCUGCAGGCCCGCUACUGCAUCGCCCGCUACCACCUGCGCCGCCCCCUGCUGCACCGCGCCCUCCACCACCCGGACUGGAUGUCGGCCGCCGACUUUGACAAGUGCCGCGACGCCCUUGCGUGUGCCGUGCGCUGGUGCUCCAUCAUCCAGCCGACCCUCAACGUGCCCGACUGCCUGUACCUCAAGUUCUUCAUCUGCACGCAGCUGUUCGGCAUGCUCCUCCUGCUGCACACGCUCGACCGGUCCGCCGUGCCGGCGCUCCGCGCGCUCGUGCCGCCCACGUUUGCGUCCUGGCGCCUCUUUGCCUUUGGUGUCCUCGAGCGCUACGCGCCCAUGAGCCCGUCGGUGGCGCGCGAGCUCGAGAUUGUGUCGGCGCUGCGGGACGACCAACCCCCGCCGGCCGCCGUCCCCAUCGCGACGUCGGUUCUGCGCGACAGCCAUACCGAGGACGCAGGGGAUCCAUUGGCGACAGGGCUCAACAUGGACGCCGACACGCUGUCACCGCCGCAUGCCAAGGUCGGGGAAACCGCAUCUGCAUAUGGGCUGGCGGACGAGACAGACUACCGGCGCAACACACGAUCGUCGCGGAGAGGGUCCUUGCAUGAACUGUAUGUACUUCGUACACCACUCCCGUACUCGGCCGCAUAUCCUCGGUUACUGCGCAAACCCCGUCCCUGUCGAGCUGGUCAGCCCGCCGUCCACCACCAGCGUCUGCGACGUAAUGUAGCCCGCCGCCCGCUCGCUCGCCAGAAACACGGCCGCCGUCGCCACGUCCCACGCGCUGCCCAUGCGGCCCAUGGGCACAUUGUGCUGUGUAAUCUUGGCAAACGUCUGCUGCUCGGCCGGGUCGCUGCUCGCGGCCAUGCGCUCGACCAGUGGCGUAUACAUGAGCCCGGGGGCAAUGGCAUUGACCCGCACGCCCCUGUUCGCGUAGAGGCAGCCCGUCACGCGAGUCAGGUGGAUCACAGCCGCCUUGGCCGCGUUGUACGCGACCUGCGGCUUCCCCAGGAACCGCAGCCCGGCAAUCGACGCAUUGUUGACAAUGGCGCCGCGUCCCUGCGUCUGCAUAUGCGGCAGCACGGCGCGCAUACUAAGGUAGACGCUCUUGAGGUUGAGGUUGAUCUGCGCGUCCCACACGGCCUCGUCCAUGGUCGCCGGGUCGCCCGCGGCCGUCGCCCCGACGUUGUUGACCAGAAUGUCGAUGUGGCCGUGCGCGGCCAGGCAGGCCGCCACCAGGCGCUGCACGUCCUCGGCGCUCGUCACGUCCGCCCGCUGGACGGCGACCACCGCCGCGGGGAACGCCGCACGGACGCGCUCGGCCGUGUGCUGCGCGGCGGCCAGGUCAAUGUCGCACCCGUACAGCGCCACGCCGUUGUGCGCGAGCAUCCAGGCAAUGGCGGCGCCGUUGCCCCAGCUGCUGGGAGUGGGGGUGUUGGUGGCGCCCGGGAUGCGGGCCUGGCCGAUGCCGAGGACGAGCGCGACCUUGCCCUUGAGGUCGGGGUAGAUGGGGUAGUCGUCGACGGUGGCCAUUGCGGGAGGGGAGGUGGUGGUCGGUUAUGA